AUGCUCGAGCUUGAUGGACGAGAGCUGUUGUAUUCCGAGUUCAAGGAAAGAUGUCUUCAGCCCAACCUCCCUGCGAUCAUACGUCACGCGAAUGGACUGACCGAUUCGUGGUUUAAUGUGGAGUCCCUAAUGGGUCAGCUGUCCCCCAAGGGUCUGUUGAGUGGAUUUGGGGGGAAUCACCUCGUGCCCGCCUACGCGAUGCCAUCCCAGAGCUCGCCGGAGGACGGGAAGGAAGCUCCGGACACCGCGGCCUACGGGUCGUGCGAGACGGUGCCUCUCAGGAGGGUUCUGGGCUCCUGGGACCGGUCCAACCCUGAUGCCCAGCUUCUGUACUAUCUAAAGGACUGGCAUAUGCAACAGGACAUGGAGGCCCGCCGGGGCCCCCUGCAGGUGGACCCCUCACAGGGGCCGUCACACGGCGCGGGCCUUUAUCGCGUACCGGAUUACCUGGGGCCGGAUUGGUUGGAUGGCUUUUGUAGAGAGGUCAGGGACGCCCCAAGACAGCUGUGGGAGGCGGGGCCUCGUGGCGACGGCCCUGUUCAGGACGAAGGAGUGCCCACCUCGAGUCCCCGAUCCUCGGCUCCGUUGUGUGGGUUUGGCGACGGGCACAGCGACUACCGAUUUGCUUACAUCGGCCCCACCGGCACGUGGACACCGUUACACUAUGAUGUCUUUGGUACCUAUUCUUGGUCAUUCAAUGUGUGUGGGGAAAAACUGUGGUUUUUCCCCACAAAGGAAGGAAAUGAUUUCCUUAAACAACACAAUAUCAAAGGCUUUCCAACACCACCCGAUAUUCGUGUCAUGGUGGGCUUUGAGUAUUGGAGCUUUGUGCAGCGCCCAGGUGAGUUGGUGUUUGUUCCUUUCCAAUACUAUCACCAGGUACACAACAUCGAGUGUGAAGUAUUGGAACCCUCCAUCAGUAGAUGUCUCACAUCCUUCUCGCCUCUAGAAGGGAUGCAACUGCUACCGCUUACAAUUUCAGUUAAUCAUAAUUGGUGCAAUGAGUUUUGUAUCGAAAGUAUGGUUCGUCUUUUUCUCGAUGACGUUGGUUAUCUCAGGCAAAAUUUGAAACCUGAGGAUAUGGCCGCUGUCUAUGGCCCAAACGAUCCCGUUCUCUGGACUCGGAAGAUGGAGGAGAUGCUACUCAACGGAACUAACUGGAGUUUUAGGUCUAUGCUUUCAUUUCUAGGCUUUAUCCAAGCUCAAUUUAACAUGCUAGACGAAAAUGUGAUAAACAUUUUAGCAUCACUAGAGAAGGAGGUACAGGAAGCAUACUUGACGCUGUACACAUGA